GUCAACUUUCAUUUGAGUCUUUCUUUAUGCAUUUUUCGACCAUGUUUUUAAUCUUCUAUGCUUUAAAGUCGUCAUUAUCAAAUCAAAUUUAUUAAUCUAUUGUUUCCUUUCGUCUUCACAUUGAAGCUGUCUCUUUCUUUCACCAUCAACUUCACCUGUUGUGUCCUCUUUGUUCUCUCAAACUCAUAUACCCUUUAAAUAUCUAUUCUUUCUUGACUUUUCCUCAAUUCCGUCAAUCUCUGUCUCUUCCUUUUCUUUUGAUAGAUCCCAAUUUGGUUCCUUCCUCCUUCCAUUUGCCUUCUCUUUGAUCUUAUCAUCGGCUUAAAUUUUACGGUUCUGCAGAUCUCGAAUCCGUGAUUUUGAUUUUCCAAUCUCUUUUCCUUCGUUUUUCAGAUUCUUUUACUUUCCUCCAAUUUUGCUUGAAUCUUUCUCCAAAUUUUUCUUUUGACUUUUAUUGUUUGGGUACAUUGAUUCGGAGGUGCAAGAGUAAUGUUCUGUCGGAAAAUUUGGAAACUUUUUUCGAUUUUGUCUGUAUAGAUCAUACCUCAAAAUCCCAAGUUUACAUUUUUCUCUGUUUUGGUUUCUGGGUUUGAAUGGUUUGAUUGAUUUUCAUGUUUGAAAUGUAAAUUUAGGGCUUUUGAAUCUGAAAUCGACUUUGAAAUCUUGAUCUGCAUGGAUCAAAAACAGAGCUUUUGAGUUAUAAUUUCUGCAAAAGGAAAAAAAAUGGCUACUUUAACUGAGCCAACGUCAUCUUUAAGUUUCACAUCUUCUCAUUUCUCUAAUGUCUCUAUUGGGUCUGAUCAUUUCUCACCAAGCUCAGCUUCUAAUCUCGAAGUUGUUAGUCUAAGCAAGCUCAGCUCCAAUCUUGAGCAGCUUCUCAGUAAUCCAGAUUGCGAUUACACCGAUGCAGAGAUCAUUGUUGAUGGUGUUACAGUCGGUGUUCAUAGAUGCAUUUUAGCCGCAAGAAGCAAAAUUUUCCAAGAAUUGUUCAAGAAAGAUAAGAAAAGCUCGAAAAUUGAUAAGCCAAAGUACCAUUUGAAAGAGAUGCUGCCUUACGGAGCUGUUGGGCGUGAAGCUUUCUUGUAUUUCUUGAGUUAUAUCUACACUGGGAGGUUAAAGCCAUUUCCUUUGGAGGCUUCGACAUGUGUUGACUCAGUCUGUGCUCAUGAUUCUUGUCGACCCGCCAUUGAUUUUGUCGUUGAAUUGAUGUAUGCUUCCUCUAUUUUCCAAGUGCCAGAGCUAGCUUCAUCUUUUCAGCGGCGACUCUGUAACUUUGUGGAGAAGUCUAUUGUUGAGAAUGUUCUACCGAUUCUCUUGGUUGCUUUCAACUGUAAGUUGACUCAGCUGCUUGAUCAAUGUAUCGAGAGAGUGGCGAGGUCAGAUCUCUACAGGUUCUGUAUCGAAAAAGAAGUUCCUUCAGAAGUCGCAGAGAGGAUCAAACAGAUUCGUCUAAAGACUCCACAAGACGAAGAGAACAGCCCCAAGGUUUCGGAUAAAAUGCUUCAGAGAAUCGGGAAAAUCCUCAAGGCGUUGGAUUCAGAUGACAUUGAGCUCGUGAAGCUUCUUUUGACUGAGUCAGAUAUCACUCUAGAUCAAGCCAAUGGCUUGCAUUACUCCGUGGUGUAUAGUGAUCCCAAAGUUGUUGCAGAGAUUCUUACUCUCGACAUGGGUGAUGUGAACUACAGAAACUCCAGGGGUUACACGGUUCUUCACUUUGCCGCGAUGCGUAAAGAGCCUUUGAUCAUCAUCUCGCUUCUCAGAAAAGGCGCCAAGGUGUCUGACUUCACUUGUGAUGGACGCAGUGCGGUGAACAUAUGUAGAAGAAUGACAACUCCAAAGGAGUAUCAUACGAAAACAGCGAAAGGGCGGGAAUCUAGUAAAGCCAGGUUGUGCAUUGAUCUCUUGGAAAGAGAAAUCAGGAGGAACCCUAUGGUUGCAGAUACACCAAUGUGUUCCCUUUCUAUGCCUGAAGAUCUGCAAAUGCGACUGUUAUACCUAGAAAAGAGAGUGGGGCUUGCUCAGUUGUUCUUUCCAACAGAAGCUAAAGUGGCUAUGGACAUUGCUAAUGUAGAAGGUACAAGCGAGUUCACGGGUCUUCCUCCGCCUUCAAAUGGUUUAACCGGAAACUUAAGUCAGGUUGAUUUAAACGAAACUCCUCAUAUGCAAACCAAAAGACUUCUUACUCGUAUGGAGGCUCUAAUGAAAACAGUUGAGACCGGUCGGAGGUAUUUUCCAUAUGGCUCACAGGUUCUAGAUAAGUACAUGGAGGAGUACAUAGACGAAGUAGACAUUCUCGAUGAUGUACAUAUUGAGAAAGGAUCUCCACAGGAGAGAAGGUUGAAGAGAAUGAGAUACAGAGAGCUUAAGGAUGAUGUCCAAAAGGCGUAUAGCAAAGACAAAGAGUCUACGAUCGCACGGUCUUGUCUCUCUGCUUCAUCCUCUCCUUCUUCUUCUUCUUCUUUAAGAGAUGGCCUGAAGAACUCAACAUGAAACUGUAAAACGUGAUUAAGAUAUCUUUUGUUGAAAAGGUUCUUCUUUUUGGGUGUUAAUUAGAUUUUAUACAGAUGUUUUAGGUUCAGUUUCAAUAAAGAGGGAUGGAUAGAUUAGUUAUACAAAAGUGACAUUAGUAAUGCUUAUUAACCCAAAACAUUCUAACUAUAACUUUUUCUUUUUGAUAUUUUGGUUUAUAUUUUUAGAAUCUACAAGAGACUCAGAUAACUGAUACUAAAACAACCAAGAGAUCCCACAAACACAAAUGAGAGACAUAAUCUUUUCUCAUAGAUCUUCUUUACAUAGUUGCAAGAGAGUAAAGGACAAUAGCCAUUUUUCCUAAAUGACCUGUAAUAAUGCAUUCUGGACAAGAACUGUCACAGGUAUGUCCCAGUAAAUAGAUGUUAACUGACCUCUUUGGUCCUGAUCAAUAAUACUCUCUUCCAACAAAGAAAGCACUUCAAGUUGCACGAUUUGCAUCAUAAUUUCUCUAAGUAUGUCCCCUGUGCCUUUCCUCCUUUCGAUAUCGACAAAGGAAGGCAGAUAAGUCGAUAACAAUUUGCUGAGCUUUCAAGUCCAGUCCAAGAACCACUUCAUUGAGUUCAGUAGUGAAUCAACAUUAGCUAUACUCAAAGGACAAUCUCUGUUCUUUCCGCUUUCUUCAAGUCCUUCCUUCUUCCAUUAGUGGGCAUUUAUAUCACUAUACUGAUGAACAAGCGUUACAGAGCUCAAAAGGCAAUCAUACUUCACGAUGCAACAACAUAUAUUCUCUCCUCUCCAUCGCAGUGAAUCAAAACGCCAUCUUGAGGUUACUAACCGGCCCUCAGGUAGAUGCUUUCGUUAUACUUUCCCAAGUAGCUGGACCUUCAGGGUGGGUAUUAACAAAGUAUGACAUAAACCGGGUAUUCGAAAUACCGAUAAUAGUGCCUAGUGUCAGCUUCGCCAUUACUGCAUCCCUUUCCCUCAACCAAAUAUACAUUGAGAAUCUAUUAUGUAUUCUCUCCAUACUGUAACACAGAUAUGUUGGGGAUUCAAUAAGAGAUUCAACUGGAUAACCCAAAUAGUCUGUUAGAAUGUUGAUCUUCUUCUCUAUGAUGUCUUUAGGCCUGCUGAGUAUAUGAGGAGCCCGCUUCACAACCUCAAUAGCCACAUUAUAGUCCAAACCAGCUUUCACAAGGCAAUCAAAUCUCUCUUGUAGCUCAUCUCCUCUCCCUUGGAACUUCUUCAGAGCACUCACCAUCUCAUCUGAAUUCUCUACAUACCCUAGCUUCAACAAGAACGCUGUCUUCUCUGCGUUCCUCAAAUCCAGUGAAUCAAGUUCAGUCCUUCUGUUUGCCGAUUUAGAAGCUAAACUGAACAGCUUCAAAGGCUCUUCCUUAAUGAUCCGUUGCAACUCGUCUCUUUUGAUUUUCAAUCUAGUGGUAACAGCUUUUGGUCCUAGCAGAGACGAUGAACAGAUAAGCUUCAUGUGAUGCAGUAAAAUCCUAACGAUAAACUGAUUCUCCAUCCUGAUACGUAUCAAGAAAUUCAGAGCCUCCAAAAUUCUUUUCAUAGAUUUCUCUAAUAACAUCUCCGGGUGGUCCAUCACUAAUUUUUCGAUCUCGUUCAUCUGAAGCCCCACUUCUUGCAACUUAUCAAACAUAACAUAAGCUUUAUCCCCAGAAGUUUCACCAACCAAAUCUGGAUAUGUUUUCAAAAGACUACUCAACUUCUCUUCUUUAAAUCCCACCUUAUCAAGAAGCUCCAUCGUCUCGAGAAUCCGGCGCCAGUUAUAUGCUUUUCCGUCAGACAAAUACCUCCCAAGCCAAUCACAUCCUAUGUUUAAUCCCUUCAACUUAUUGACCACAGAGACAAAUUCACUAUCAACGCCACCAAGUAGAAGCGAAGGGCAACAAAUAACAAGCUUAAUGACUAUAGCCUUGCCAAGACCCAAGCUCUCAUAAGCUUCAAGCUUUGAAGCCAAAACCCCAUCCUCGUAUCCGAAAACCUCUCUUGCUUCUUUAUACACACGACCAAUCUUGCUACGAGGGAUCCCAUAGUUGCAAAGAACAUGGAAAUUCUCAAACAUGACAUUGUCAUCACUCAAAAGCGCCUGGUCCCGUUGAAGAAACUGUGAAAUUUCUGACGGAUGCAGACCCAAACUCUCGAAAAAUGGUUCGAACUCGUUGAUGGGAUUGUACCUUAGAAACCUAGUCAAAGACUGGGAUAUAUCCUCCUUCCGGUUAUCGAUCUUGGACAACAAAGACGAAAUACAGCGAGGAGAGUUCUUACUUAUAUGCUCUGCAUCAGCAAAACUAAGAGUUCUUGUUUGAUGCAAGUAGUCAAAGAGAGCUUUUUGAGCUUCAUUCUUCAUAGCUCGCGAAACCCGAUUCCCAAAAACCCUUGUGGGUGACUGAGACCAAUGCCUUAGAGAUGGUUUAUUGUCCCCACAGACGAAUCUACUACUUUGAAAACAUCUCACUGUACUGUAAACAUGAGACUGUUUGGACCUUGAAACUUGGGUUUGAUGAGCAAUGGAGGAUAACGCAAAGCAAGUAUUGAAAUGAGCAAGCUUUCCUACUUUUUCCAGGAUUCUGGAAAGCAUCAUUGAAACCCUAAAACUAAAGGGAAAGGGAGGUAUUAAACACCAAAUCUAAAACCCAGAGCAAAAGUCCAGAGCUACGGAAGAUUUCAUCAUCAAGAUAGUUCCUUUUCUUAACAACCCAUCGAAAGAAUUGAAAUUUACCAGACUAUUACGAGAUUGAAUCCUCCUUCUUCACCAAAUUCUUAAGGUUUUGUCGCUCAAAAUCUCUCACUUUGCUUAAACCUCCUUGUUAGGGCUUUUGCUUCUCCGCCUGUGUAAUUUUCAAUCAAGCGACCCCGGGAU